GGCACACUUCAAGGCUGAGUGAGAAAUGUUUGGGUUGGACCCUGCAGCCCCCACUCGGUGGCUGCUCAUAAAAAGCACUUCAGGGCAGGCUUGGGCAGGAGGGGAGACGGGGACAAAGCGGAGGCAGGAGGGCAGGGCCCCUCGGGUCACGCUGGGCCAUGCUCACUGCCUCCGUCUGGCGUCCGACUCUACUGCUCUGCUGGCUUGCUGCCCCCAGGGCCACGCAGGGCGAGACCCUGUUCCACAGCCGGGACCGCUCGGACCUGGAGCCCUCCUUCCUGCGCCAGGCCCAGCCCGUGGCCGACCUCAGCACAGCACAGCGCUUCCUAGCCAAGUAUGGCUGGACUGCCGCCUCCCACCCUGGCACCCGGGGGCCCAGCGCCUUUGCCGCGGCCAUGCGCGCCUUCCAGCGUGCCAACCAGCUGCCAGCCACUGGGGCGCUGGAUGCUGCCACACUGCAUGCUAUGAACAGACCACGCUGUGGCCUCCCUGAUCGCCGUGGUGACUCUGGCUCCCAAGACACCCCCAAAUCCCAGGGGGACCUCAACCCCCGUGGAGUCCCUGGGGGCCGUGUCCGCUCCAAGCGCUUCCUGCAGCUGCUCCAUCCCCUGCUGGGCCAGGAGCAGCAGCCCCGGGUCCCAGGGGCCACCAGGGCCUUUUCCAAAAGAACCCUGAAGUGGCGGCUGGUGGGCGAGGGCUACAGCAGCCAGCUGUCCGCGGCCGAGCAGCGCUACAUCUGCAGGCUGGCCUUCCGCAUGUGGAGCGAGGUGACUCCGCUGGACUUUGUGGAGGACAGGACCGCCCCUGCCGCCCAGGUUGACAUCAAGCUGGGCUUUGGGCGAGGCCGGCACCUGGGCUGUCCACGGGCAUUCGAUGGCAGUGGCCAGGAGUUUGCCCAUGCCUGGCGCCUGGGUGACAUCCACUUUGAUGACGACGAGCACUUCACCCCUCCCUCCAGUGUCACUGGCAUCAGCCUCCUCAAAGUGGCUGUUCAUGAAAUUGGCCAUGUCCUGGGUCUGCCUCACACCUACAGGAUGGGAUCGAUAAUGCAGCCGAAUUAUACCCCUCAGGAGCCAGCCUUUGAGCUGGACUGGGCAGACAGAAAAGCCAUUCAGAAGCUAUAUGGCUCCUGUGAAGGCUCCUUCGACACCGCGUUCGACUGGGUUCGCAAAGAGAGGAACCAGUACGGGGAGCUGGUGGUGCGCUUCAGCACCUACUUUUUCCGCAGCAGCUGGUACUGGUUAUAUGAGAACCGCACCAACAGGACGCGCUACGGGGAUCCCAUCCCCAUCGCCCAGGGCUGGCGUGGGAUCCCGGCACAAGACAUCGACGCCUUCGUCCACAUCUGGACUUGGGGGAGAGACGAGCGCUACUUUUUUAAAGGAAAGCAGUACUGGAGGUAUGACAGUGACAAGGAUCAGGCCUACACAGAAGAUGACCAAGGAAACCGCUACCCCAAAUUGAUUUCAGAAGGAUUUCCUGGAAUCCCGAGUCCCCUGGACACAGCCUUCUAUGACCGACGAAAGCAACUGAUCUACUUCUUCAAGGAGUCCUUGGUGUUUGCCUUCGACGUCCACGGAAACCAAGUCCUUCCCUCUUAUCCAAAGAUGAUUGUGGACGUUUUCCCAGCGCCAGCCUCUUCCCCCAGCCAUCCCCGCAGGAGCAUCGACGCGGCCUACUACUCCUACACGCACGGCUGCUUGUUCUUCUUCAAGGGCGGGGCUUACUGGCGGGUGCUGAGCGACAAGGACAGGCAGCACAAGCGCUGGCUCCCGGCAAACAGCCUGUUUCCGAAGGAGCCCAUCUCGGGGAGGUGGUUCGACGUCUGUGAUGUCCACCCGUCCACACUAAGCAUGUGACGAGACGCAGGCAGGUGGCUCUCUCUUCACUUCUCCCAGAGAAAACAGACCGGGUGCUUGAGCACAGAAAGAGCAACCUGUUACCGAAGUUAAAGCCCAAGGGAUAUGCAAAAUUGAAACGUUUCAGAUUCUUUGUUUAAAAAUAAAU